AUGAGGAAAAUAUGGAGCAAAAGUUCAAAGCGCCGCUCCAUGGUCAAUCCAUCGGGCCGUGCUGACAGUUCAGACUUCCCAGAUUCGGCUUCCAUCUACACAGAGGUGCAGUCGCUCGAUCAUGACAUUGUUCCUGAAAAUCACGUCCGGUCGCUAAUUCGCUCAGAAUACGACUCAACAUCAGUCAAGCACCUGUGGUUGAACGGUGUGAUGAACGCCGCCACCACAAACGAUAUUUCCGACUCUACGCUCCGGCUUUUUCGCGUCGACCUCCGUGGCUCUCAUUUAUAUGUGUACCGUGCUCCGUCGCACUUGAACACGCGCCUGUUUAAGCCAGGCGACUCGGACGAGAGUACAGAUACGACCCGGCCUGAAGCCCGAAUGGAUUCGCUUCAUCGCAGUGGUAGCACAGACUCGUCUGCCCACUCUACUGCUGCUUCUGCUCUGGUGGGAAAGCUGCGGAAUAUGAGCCUGGGCUCGUCAACCAUUGACGCUAGCGAAACUACAGCCAUAUCCACGUCUGAGUAUGUACCGGCAAUCACUUACUUCUCUACAGCCAUCCCGUUUCCUGGCUUGCAAUACGAUGUGGCAUCGCAGACAUUCCUUGCAGGUUCUUCCACAGAAUCACUCGUCCACUUUUACUUAUUUGCGGACGAAACUACAUCAAGCGCACCUGUUCAGCAACUUCAAUGCGUCCUACCAAUGCUUCCGCGGUUUGGCGAUGUAUUGAAAACAUUCCACUCUUUCUUGACCCACAUUUUUGCUGGUGACUUUGGCGAAAAGGUCGAUAUCUCCGAUAUUACACACAGAGUACUCCGCUUGCUACACCAUGUAGCCGACAGCUUUAGUGGCUUCCUUUUAAAAGCUGACGUGGCACCGCAGAUGUUGAAGAUUAUCGAACUGUUCAUGAGUCAAGCACCUCCAAAAUCGCUAGAAUUGAUUCUGGACUUCAAGAACAAAAUGCUUGCCAAACAGCGCGAAUUGCUCGACUUGCUAAAUACCGUUGACUCCGCUAUGACAGGCUCCACAUCUCAGUCACCCGUGCAAGCUAUGGGCGCAGACGUGUUUAUCAACCACACAAAUCUCUUUCUGCUAGCAACCACAAUCACAAAGAUUGAUGCUCAGUUUUUUGCGCAGUGGAAUUCGAGCAAAGACAAAUCCUUAUUGCUUUAUUCCUCUAUCUCCGAUCUUUCUAUGGGCAAUAUGCUGUUCUACACUAAAAAUCCACUCAUUUUCAACAAUGAGUGCCACAUUCACUACCUAUCUCGGUUGCUUGUUUAUCACCUUUUCCUUGAAAACCCUAACAUCACUGCUGAAGAACGCGCUCGUAUAUUGGAGAAAUGGAUCGAUCUUGGUUGUUUGCUUGACAAGAUGGGUAACAUGUCUUCUUGGUUGGGAAUAUCCUCUAUCGUUUUAUCUCAACCAAUCCUUCGGUUGACAGAAGUUUGGCAUCAAGUGUCUUUAGAUUACAUCAAGCUUUUGAAAAAUGACUGGUCUCCUGUCCUUUUUGAACUUGACAAAUACCACUUGACUAACAUCUACGAGAAGAAUCCAUUUGGAUCUCAACUGGGUCAAACAGAUGCGGAUUUAUUUGCGGCUUCUAAGGAGUCCUAUCAUAUCAUGGUUCCUCGAGGACUAGGGAAAAUUUACCCUAAGGAAAGUGUUAUUCCUUAUUUUGGUGAUUUACUAGUAAACAACAACUCGCCAACGACCAUUUCUGAACUUGAGGCUAUUUGGAAGAAAGUCAACUUUUCCUUUGAUCGUUGGCAUGAUUACUUCAACGGAUUAUACAACUUCGACGAGGUGAUUCAGUAUAAUCAGGAUGUCUUAAGGAGAUACGACUCCAUGGGAUUUCUUUUCACGAAUGAGAGUCUUAACCAAGUGCUCUAUCUAGGUGUCAACAAGGACAACGAAAAAACGAUUCCGGCAACUGUGAAGUCUAAGAGUGAAGGUGUACCACCUGCUGACAAUGACGUUGAUCAUGAAAUGCAUAAGAAAUUGCUCCGAUUGAUUGACUAUAACUGUGAUUCUAUCAACCUUGAUUUCCUUAUGAAAUAUUCAUUGGAAUGUGAACCUUGCAUACCCGAAAAGUAUCUUAAGUAUGUCGAGGAGUCCAUUACAAAUAAGGUACAAAAGUUGGGGUUUGCUAGCAGCAGUUCAUUAUCUGUCAAUUCGUUAGGUUCGGUGGCAAGUGCCUCAGACAUCCCAGAAGGCUCAGAACCUUCGAUUACUGUAUCCAAACCUAUUUCAGAGAACAGUUCCCCUGACGAUGAAAUUCCCCUUUUUAACAAUAAUUAUUUCAAAAUCAAUUUGCUGAAGUACGAGGAUUUAUAUCCCACGAUUACAGACGGAGAUGGUGACGAAAAGCAUAAUAUAGUUGUGGAUGAUGAUUUGACCCUUCGGAUAGACGACUUUGUCGCUGAUUCUGAUGGCUCGUUCACGGCUGCUGUAUCAGAUCAGGAUGAAACUAUGGAUGAUGAUGGUUUGGGUAUUGAUGUGGAUGAUAUCUUAAACUCCGACAAGUUUAAAAACUUCACUAUAUCAGACAGUGGUGAAAUACCCAGAUUAUCUAUAGAUAGGAAGAGGAGUAGCUUUGGCUUGGUUUCCGUUAACUCGACUGCUGCGCACCUGUCGCAUGUGGUGAAAUAUAUUCCCCGCUUCGCAACUAUGGAUAAAUUGAUUGAUUUGCUAUUAAUCGAUCUCAAAUAUUUUGAUGAGGACUACACACUUGAUCUCACAGAGUAUAGGUUUGUCUUCAUGCUAACUUAUAGCUCGUUUUUGACGACAAGGGAGCUUCUCGAAAAGCUUGCUCACAGAUUCGUGCAUUCUGGUAAUGCCGUAAUUUCAGUGAUGAAAAAGCAGCACCUUAUGAAGGAGGGGAAGUAUGAUCCAAUGAUUUUUGGUAGCUUUCCCAACUGGGAUGCAGACCCUCAAACAAAUCUAGGAGAAUUAGGUGAUGUGAACUACGAACUUCUCCUUAAGAUACAAAUUAAUAUCCUCAAGGUUUUGAUUGUCCUCAUCAAUAAUUUUUUCCCUCAGUUUUUCAACGAUUUUAAGAACAAAAAGAUUAUGAUAAAGUUCUUAAAGUUGUACAGUAAUGAAAUUUUGCAAUGGUACAACUCUAACAAAAUAACAAAAGAUCUAGAGAAACCAUUUGAGAGUCUAGUCAGCUACUAUAAACGAUUGAAGAAGAGUUUUGUGAAAAAAUGUUAUAGACCCGUGGAGCUUCUGAAGUCCGAGGAAUUUUUUUCGAACGAGUUGAAAAUAUUAGGGUCUAUGAACGAAGUUCCCAUUAACAGAAAUUUGCCAAGUUUCAAGAAUGUGCACAAGAUCGAAAAGUUCUUGAGUAAGUUCAACAAGAUGCUAGCUGUGUUUUACAAGGGCAUUACACCUGAAAGCUGGUUUGAAACCUUUAAGAUUUUGGAGAAUCUGUUCGUGAAUCAUUCCCUUCUCAGCUUUAAUCUACAGAAACCUACCAUUUCCGACGAGAGCAUGGUGAUAUCUAAUGUCUUUUCUUAUUUUGAAACACUUCAUGAUCUGUCAAGUAAGGAUCUUGUACUCAACAAGCUUCCCUUGGUAUUUAAAAUGUUAUUCCGAGUUUACUUCAAGUUCAAAAGUUACAUUUUGUUGCAAUUGUGUGAUAUCCUGAUUACUAUGGAAGAACGCUUUGAGAGAAUGAAGACUUUGCUCGUCAUGUUAAAGAUCACGAAGCUCAAAAUGAGCGACAGUCAAUUUGUUUUCGAGGGCGACCAAAAAGAUAUUCCUUCAUGUAUUGAAACUGCUUUAACAAAUGCCAUAUAUUCUCCUGAAAGUCGUUAUUUCUCAGAAAUGUGGGUACGAGCGGCUCAAUCUCUUCAUCGUAAAGAGGUCGCAAACGCUAAUCUGGGAUUUAACAUCGAGUGGUUGCUUCCUCAAAACCUAACUCAUAGUGAUUUGCUGAUGCCCAGCGAAUCUCUUCUUCCAUGUUUCGGUUGGAUAAUCGAGAAUUUAAUCUCAAUUAACAAGUGCCCAUCCUAUUACAGGUCCAAGAUUAACUUUAACAAGAGAUACUUGAUUUACAAGGUUAUUAGGGAGUUGAGCAUUGAAGAAGUUGAUGAUAAUGACAUCGCAACGAACGAAACAAAGGAGUUUGACUUUUUGUUACGACUAGACGAAUCGAAGGUACCGCUGGUGCAAGAAAUGAAACAAACGAUACCUCAAGAUCGUAUUAGCAGAUUUCUUUUUAGGUCUAUUCUUCAAGCUCAGCAUACUAUCUUGGCAGUGGAUAAUCGCAAGAAGUCUAUCAGGGAUGCCAGGGCACACCUUGAGAUUCCCUCGACUCCUAGUCAUGCUCAGGUCACGAGAAAACUGUCUAGUAAUGCCUUGAAACGGCAAUCGUUGAGCUAUAAAACCAACUCGUCUUCAAGAUUCAAAAUCAGUGGGCUCUUUUCCAAGUCAAGAACUUUCGGCUUGAACUCCAAUGGGUCUGAAAGAGUGGUUCUAUUCCAAGAGCUUCCCGACCCUAAUACGGUGAUUGAAACCAAGUCAAAACCAACUGUCAUUAUUCAAUUGAAAGACAAGAAAAUAUUUCCUGUUUACUCCUUAUCUAACUGCUUUAAGAUCGAUUCGGAGUCAGGUGGGGGUUCAUUUGUCUUUCAAGCGCCUACUGAUUCAGACUCUAAAGAUUGGUUAAGAAAACUUUGCUAUGCUAACAGGCACUGGUUCUAUUCGAAACAAAUUACUGCAAGAACUAAUCAUGACUUCACUACUUUCGGAGUGCCUUUGACGUUGGUUUGUAGCAGAGGCAAGAGCAACACUCCUGAAUUUCUUGACGUGAUAUAUGAGUUGAUUGAACGCGAAGGGUUAAAGGAUGUUGGAAUUUACCGGAUUAGUACCUCCAUCACAGAGCUUGCAAAUCUAAAAAAUGAGAUUGAUACGAUUGGAUACAUUGACUUGAAGCUGAAGGCAGUUGAUGUGCAUUCACUUACAAGUUGCGUUAAGUUGUAUUUCCGCGAGCUUCCAGACGCGGUGUUGACGGACGAGGUUAUCGAAUCGUUGUAUAAAUUGGGCCAGGAAAGACCCCCUAAAGAGGCAGGAGACGAAAAGUUUGACCGUGCGGCGUACCGGGAGGUUGUGAACAAGCUUCCUUUUAAUCAUUAUGAGACGUUCAAGGCGCUUUUGCGACACUUGAACAAAGUUUACAAUGCUAGUGAGGAGAACCGUAUGACAGCGUCUAACUUGGCCACAGUGAUUGGCCCUGCAUUGACAGAGGCCAGUGGGUUGGAGUCACUUGUGACCAACUUUGGCAUGAUCAAUUAUGCGCUUGAGCGCUUGAUUGAGCGUUACCAAGAGGUGUUUGAAGACACUGAGUAG